AUGCGUUAUCGAUUACCAUCACGAUUGCAAGCGGUUAUUUUUGAUUGGGCCGGAACCGUUGUUGACUUUGGGAGCUUUGCUCCGACUCGAAUCUUUGUCGAAGCAUUUGCAAGUGUUGGUAUCAACGUAAGUUUGGACGAAGCACGUGGACCGAUGGGUGUUGGCAAACGAGAUCAUAUUCGUACACUUUGUAAUCAAGUGGGUAUUAGUAAGCAAUUUCAACGACGAUUCGGCCGUGAGCCAAAUGAAGACGAUGUUAAUGAAAUUUACAAGCGUUUUAUGCCAUUACAGAUCGCGAAAGUUGGAGAAUAUUCUGCAUUGAUUCCGGGUGCAUUAGAUACGAUUGAUAGUCUACGAAAACGUGGCUUGAAAAUCGGUUCGACAUCAGGCUAUCCUAAAGAAGUCAUGGACAAACUCGUUCCAUUAGCUGCAAGUGCUGGUUACUCACCAGAUUGCGUCGUUGCUUCGGAUGAAGUCCCAAAAGGUCGUCCCACUCCCGCUCAGUCUUUGGCAAAUGUCAUUGCGCUCAGUCUUGAUGACGUUGCUGCUUGUGUCAAAGUAGAUGAUACACCGCCAGGCAUCGUCGAAGGUCGCAGCGCAGGCAUGUGGACAGUGGCAUUACGAUUCUCCGGAAACUUUCUCGGUCUUACUUGGGACGAAUAUUCUGCUCUAACGACCGAGCGUUUAAAUUCUGAACGCGAACGCAUUGAUAAACUAUUCGCAUCGAGUAAACCACAUUAUUUAAUCGAUACUAUAUCUGAUUUACCUGCAAUUAUCGAUUCGAUCAAUAAUCGAUUAGCAACCGGCGAAUCUCCUGCAACUUGCUAA